AUGGCCUCAGAAACGGCCGCGAAUGGCGUCUAUAGAUACGAAAGGACUCAAUCGCAACCCGAGAACCCGUACGCUGCUCUCAUUCCCGAGCAGCAAAUUGCCAUCAUCCCCGACUUCACCCUCGAGUCCGGCGUGGUCCUGUACAAUGUUCCCGUGGCCUACACGACGCGGGGCCAGCUGUCGGCCUCGGGUGACAACGCCAUGGUCAUCUGCCACGCUCUCACUGGUAGCGCCGACGUGAGCGACUGGUGGGGUCCUCUGCUAGGCGGGCCCGGCAAGGUCUUUGAUGAGACGCGCUUCUUCAUCGUCUGCAUGAACAGCCUGGGCAGCCCCUACGGCACCGCCAGUCCCGUCACGGCCAAGGACGGUGACCCUUCUAAGGGGAACUACGGUCCCGAGUUUCCCCUCACCACCAUCCGAGAUGAUGUCAACCUUCACAAACUACUCCUCGACGACCUGGGCGUCAAACAAAUCGCAGCCGUGGUCGGCGGCUCCCUAGGCGGCAUGUUCGUCCUGGAAUGGGCCUAUCUGGGCAAGGAGUACGUGCGCAGCAUCGUGCCCAUCGCCACGUCUAGCCGCCACAGCGCCUGGGGCAUCAGCUGGGGCGAGGCCCAGCGUCAGAGUAUAUACGCCGAUCCCAAGUACGACGACGGGUACUACACCUUUGACGACCCGCCGACAACGGGGCUGGGCGCCGCCCGCAUGUCCGCCCUCCUGACGUACCGCAGCCGCAACUCCUUCGAGUCCCGCUUCGGCCGCAACACGCCCGACCCGGCCAAGGUCCAGACCAUAAGCGGCCGGCCCCGUCCCUCCCCCUCCACGCCAUCCGAGGCCCACUUCAACAUCCACAACGACGGUCACCACGUCAAGCGGUCCUCCACGUCCCGCUCCAGCAGCGCCGCCAGCCUCCCAGCCACCUCGGCGGCCGCCGCCGCUGCGACAGCUGCAGCUCUGGCCGAGCAGUCCUCCGACCCUCAAUUCCACGGCCCCCCCCAGCAGAAGAAGGGUGCUGCUGCUGCUGCUGCUGUCAGCGCCGCCGGCGGUGGCAGCCUCACCGGAGGCGAAUCCCUCCCCACGUCGACCUACUUCUCCGCCCAGUCGUACCUCCGCUACCAGGGCACCAAGUUCGUCAAGCGCUUCGACAGCAACUGCUACAUCGCCAUGACCCGCAAGCUGGACACCCACGACGUGUCGCGCAACCGCGCGUCCACCGUCGCCGACGCCCUCGGCAUGAUCGAACAGCCCACCCUCGUCCUGGGCAUAGAAUCCGACGGGCUCUUCACCUUUGCCGAGCAGCAGGAGAUUGCCGAGCACGUCAAGGGCGCCAGGCUCGAGCGCAUCGACAGCCCCGAGGGCCACGACGCCUUCCUCCUCCAGUUCGAGCAGGUCAACCGCUACGUCCUCGCCUUCCUAAAGGACGUCCUCCCCGAUAUCAUGGGUAAGGGCGCCCAGGCCCCCGAGGCCGUCCCCGUCGGCAAGAUUACAAAGUCGAGCGCCUUUGGCGAGGCAGAGGUUGAGGAUAUCACGGCUUGGUAG